ACCAAGCCACGCUCUCCGAGGCCUCGGCAGGGCGCCCCUCUCACCGCCCACGGCCGGCCCGGGCCGAGGAGACCUGCUGAGCCCCGGCCAUGGAGGCCAUCUGGCUAUACCAGUUCCGGCUCAUUGUCAUCGGGGAUUCCACGGUGGGCAAGUCCUGUCUGAUCCGCCGCUUCACCGAGGGCCGCUUUGCCCAGGUUUCGGACCCCACCGUGGGGGUGGAUUUUUUCUCCCGUCUGGUGGAGAUCGAGCCAGGAAAACGCAUCAAGCUCCAGAUCUGGGAUACCGCGGGUCAAGAGAGGUUCAGAUCCAUCACUCGCGCCUACUACAGGAACUCUGUAGGUGGUCUUCUCUUAUUUGACAUUACCAACCGCAGGUCCUUCCAGAAUGUGCAUGAGUGGUUAGAAGAGACCAAAGUACACGUCCAGCCCUACCAAAUCGUAUUUGUCCUGGUGGGUCACAAGUGUGACCUGGAUACACAGAGGCAAGUGACUCGCCACGAGGCAGAGAAACUGGCUGCUGCGUACGGCAUGAAGUACAUCGAGACGUCGGCCCGAGACGCCAUCAACGUGGAGAAAGCCUUCACAGACCUGACAAGAGACAUAUACGAGCUGGUUAAACGGGGGGAUAUCACGAUCCAGGAGGGAUGGGAAGGGGUGAAGAGUGGAUUUGUACCAAACGUGGUUCACUCUUCAGAAGAGGUGGUCAAAUCAGAGCGGAGGUGCCUGUGCUAGUCGGCCGUCUGGGCCCCGACACGUGCUCUCCCACCCGAACUGCAAAGCGCUCCCAUCGAAGAGAUUCCCUGCGUGACCGAAAGG